AUUGUGCAAUUAAAAAAGGAAAAGGAAACUGCACACUGAUCGAUAUUCUUUUUUUUUUGAAAUCUGCCUCGAAUGGGUGCUCGCAUAGCGGAUUCUAUAUAGGCAGUAGCAUAGUUUCAGUUUCCGAAGGCAACCCAGAGAUGACGCUUCUUCAAAGACCAGUUCUUGUGCUCCUUCUCCUAGUAACUCAUCACCUCUUGCAGUGUUGGAUUGCUUUUGGAUCGGUCGAUGAAGAAGGCCAAAAACAAGAAGAAUUCAAUGAGGAACUACUAUUGAAGCCACUGCCGGAUCGAACAGUGUUGGCCCAUUUCCAUUUUCAAAGCUCUGCCCCUCCUUCCACCUCUAAUGGCCGCCAUCACCACUUGUUUCCGAAAGCCAUUUCUCAGUUGGUUCAGAAAUUUCGAGUUAAGGAAAUGGAGCUGUCUUUCACACAAGGUCGCUGGAACUAUGAAAGAUGGGGUGGAUUUGAUCCCAUAGCAAGCAGCAAUGCAAAGCCCCCUGGAGUUGAGUUAUGGGCUGUCUUUGAUGUCCCACAACAUCAGGUUGAUGCUUCCUGGAAGAAUUUAACACACGCUCUCUCUGGUCUUUUCUGUGCCUCAAUCAACUUCCUAGAGUCUACUUCAACUUAUUCUGCCCCAGAAUGGAGUUUUCCACCCUCUUCAGGCAAUCUGAGGUAUGGUACAUUGCCCCGUGAAGCUGUUUGCACUGAGAAUCUAACUCCAUGGCUGAAGUUGCUUCCUUGUCGGGAUAAAGCUGGGCUUGCUGUGUUACUGGAUAGGCCAUCUAUUUACAGGGGUUUUUAUCAUUCUCAGCGAUUGCAUUUGACCUCAACUGGAUCUGGUUCAAAGGGGACUGAUUCAGGCAUCAUAUUAAACCAGGCACUUACAGUUGUUCUUCAGCCUAUCCAGCCAAAUGGUCAAAGAGCUAGUAUGGACCAUGCUAGUGAAAAGCAUAUUCAACCAAGCUGGUCUCUUAGUUCAAUUUUUGGGAAACAAGUUCGUGGAAGAUGUGUUCUUGCGAAAUCUAGUAAAGUGUAUCUUCAACUUGAUAGAGGCUUAGUUGCUGAACUGAAGCGUAUCCAUAAAGAAAAUGAGAAGUCUGUGGCAAAUGGUUUAACCUCUGAGAAUUUUUGGAGUUAUCCCAGCUUUGAGUUGUCUGCUAACCCGGACAGGAUAGUUGUAGAAGAAAAUAGCUUGCAUAGCAAGAGCUCAUCCAUUUUGUAUAAUUUCCAAGUUGAGAAAUACAGUGAAUCUGAGCCAUUAGAUCUUGGCCUUACUUGGAAGAUUCCUGUAGUUUGGUUGUGUCAAUCAGCACCGUUACAUUCUAGUAGGUACUUGAUGGGAAGCGGGAAUGAGAGGGGUGCCAUUGCUAUUUCCUUGAAAUCUACACAAUUGCGAGAGGGCUUCAUGGGUGCUUUUGCCGAUAAUGAAAGGUGUGAAUUGCGAGUUGAUGUUUUUCAAGUUGUGCCUUGGUAUGUUAAGGUCUAUUUCCAUUCUCUGCAAGUGUUCAUUGAUCAACAACCUAAGGCUGUUUCAGAUGUUAUUGAGAAGAUACACGUUUCACCUUCUAAAGACAAAGUUUCACCUGGCAUGAUGGAAAUGGUUCUGAAACUUCCUUGCAGAGUAAAAUCAGCUGCUUUAACCAUAGAGUUUGAUAAGGGUUUUUUACAUAUUGAUGAAUACCCCCCUGAUGCUAAUCAAGGAUUCGACAUACCAUCAGCUAUUAUAAGCUUUCCCAACUUCCAUGCAAGCAUGUUUUUUCUUGAAGAUGGCUCUGUAAACAAGUCACCCUUGUUGUCAAAGUUUCAGGAAAAGAGUCCUGUAAUGUCUUACACAGAAGUAUUAUUGGUACCUUUGACAACUCCUGAUUUCAGCAUGCCUUAUAAUGUUAUCACAAUCACGUGCACGGUGUUUGCGUUGUAUUUCGGAUCAUUGCUCAAUGUACUACGAAGGCGUAUUGCUGAGGAGGAGAGGUUUCUUAAAGACAAAGCCACCAAGAAAACUGGUCAGCUACCUCUGCUGCUAUCAAAGUUGUCUGCCAAGCUUAGAGGUAGACCAUGGGAACCUCCGCAUUCACCCCCAUCUUCAUCAUUCUUCAUUAGUUCUAAGUUAGUAUUCAAAGUCAUACUAGUAGCUGGACUGGCUGUAAGUUGGCAGUACUAUUUUUCGUGAAGUUAAAACUCUAGAAACUUUCAGUGUACAAUAUGAGCAAGAAGAAAGAAUGCUGAAUCUCAGAAUUAGUGAAAGGAUCAUGUUCUUCCACAA